AUGCAAGGACCAGAACUGGUCGACUCGAGGAGUCGUUUUCGAUUUACUGAAUCCUGUCUCGGCUUGAUGGGCUGUUUGUGUAUCAGCUAUGCGAUCUGGACACCUCGGUGGCUGGAUGAUCGGGGUCUGUGGACCUCAGGGAAUGAGACCAGACUGGAUGACAGCUGGACCACUGAAGACAUUGCUAAAGCUCUGGAGGCUGAGAGAGUGUUUGCAGUGGUGGCUUUCCUGAUGUCUGUGAGCUCUGGACUGCUGUGUCUCAUGUUCGCCCUCUGCUGGACGUCUCAAACGGUGCGUUCCUACUCAAACACUCGCUCGCUGCUGAUGGCAGGCCAGCCGCUCGACCCGACCACCCUGCUGCUGUUCACACUAGUACCUACAGGUUUUUUCUUUUUUCUCAGCUGGGCGCUUUUUACCCAUCAACAUAUUGGUGAGAUUAGGGAUGAUGUCAGUCGACUCGGCCCGUCCUAUUGGCUGGGAGUGGUGGGUUGGGCUUCUCUAUUGGCCGUGCUGCCCGUGGUCUUCCUGGCAGAGAAGUUUGUGGUUCCCGACAUCCUGCCAGAGUUAAAAAAUGCUGCCGAAAUGUGGUGGAAGGCUCCGGAGGUAGCACACGCGCGAUCGUUUAGUGAGCAUUGCCAUCGUUCACAGCAUAAGUCUCAUCCUGACUUCAGGAGGUAUUUGUCAGUGCCUUGAACGAGAGGAAGAACGUAGCAAGGAAAUACACAAGAGAAGAGACUCUGGUCUCGCUGGUCUUCUAGCCAAAUAUAUGAGCUGAGCAUAUGCCUCACAACCGGGGUCCAGGACCUGGAUGAGAAACCUGUAACUGCUCUCCGCGAUGCUAGACACAAAGCUACUGGUUAUAAGGUUCAGUGCUGGCUUUGACAGUGGCUUCACAGGUGUAUUUGGACGAGGAUGCCCGAAA